AGAAGGAACUCAGCAGCCAUGUCUGGACGCGGCAAGCAAGGAGGCAAAGCCAGAGCCAAGGCCAAGACCCGCUCUUCCCGAGCCGGGCUGCAGUUCCCCGUGGGCCGCGUGCACCGUCUCCUCCGGAAGGGCAACUACGCCGAGCGGGUCGGGGCCGGGGCGCCGGUCUACAUGGCGGCCGUGCUGGAGUACCUGACGGCUGAGAUCCUGGAAUUGGCGGGGAACGCUGCCCGGGAUAACAAGAAGACCCGCAUCAUCCCCCGCCACUUGCAGCUGGCCAUCCGCAACGACGAGGAGCUCAACAAGCUGCUGGGCAGAGUCACCAUCGCCCAGGGAGGCGUCCUGCCCAACAUCCAGGCCGUGCUCCUCCCCAAGAAGACCGAGAGCCACAAGGCCAAGGCCAAGUAGAGCCCAACAUUGCUCCCAAACACUUGCUGGACUUGGAAUUCGAUUCAGAACCCAAAAGGCUCUUUUCAGAGCCAAACACAAAGUCAUGAAAGAGUUUGGAAACACUGGAGAAAGACUCCCAAGGCAGACACCCUCAAGCUUUUUAAUUAUAGGGCCAGGUCAUAGUCCCUCAAGCUGUUGGAGGGCCAGAUUAUUAUAUUUGUUUAUAUUGUAUCUGCAGCAUGGGCCAGAUUAUAAUUUGAAAAUAA